AUGGAAACCACUGACCCUGAUGCUUUCAAUGAGACUCCUAAACCAAGAAAAGAUGCAUCGGAACACGAAAGAGAGAAGAGCGAUGAUACAGCCAUCCCCAGGAUAGGAUAUCGCACUGAGUACAGAAGUCUAAUCACCGACGAUCUGAUUCACGAACAGUAUGGCACUACUGGUUUUCAUGACAUUGCAUACUCUCCGCCGCAAGAAAAGGAAACAGUCUUUGAGAUUGUACGAAAGUUCUUCACGAGCCAGGAAGAACGCACGAGGGACACUAUUCCGACCCGAUCUUGGCACCCGCCAACUAUCAGCAUGCGCAUACUGUCUGUAAGCGUCGUGAACGCCUUGCGGUCGGUCGUGAAGUACUAUCCGGGCCAGGACCUGACCAGCUCUGAGGUCCUCAUCCAGUAUCCAUACCCCAUCCUCAUCCACCACUACGAUGAACUCUGCGAAUAUCGUCAACAAUGUGCGAAAAAGGAUCCCAGCGAGCUAUGUGUGCGAGAGAAGGAUGCCGAAGAGCACCUUCAGGUGUUGCUCAACUUUCUGGAUAAGGAGAUAAUACCGGACGUCGAUGGUGCUGUCAUGGCGGACUUGAAGCAGUACUUCACUUUGCAUGACGAUAAUAUUCCACGAAUACGCACAGCACUGGAUACCCAAAUAUGGACGACUGAUUGCAUCUGUUCCGUCUGCCUCGAACGGCGAAAGGACAGUAACAAUGAGAUGAUGGCGCCAUUCAAGCACUAUGAUUUGACCACUCUGGAGACCAGGGACGAAUUGACUCGCCACGAGUAUCUUUUGUGCCCCUUUGAGAUGCCAGUUUUCGUCUUCAAGACACGUAGUUGGGAACAUAUUCACGUUCGAGAUUUUUCAGAACCAGAAUUCGAGGACAUGAUUGACCACCUCGUCAUGGACGAGAAGAGGGUGAAGAAUCUCAAAGCACUCUCAAAAAGCUUCGCACGUCUCAACACGCAUGGAGAGAAGAUCGAAAGAGAACCCUGGAGUGCAGAUUUUGUAAGAGGCAAAGGGAAUGGUUUGAUCAUCCUUCUGCAUGGGAGUCCUGGCAAUGGCAAGACUUACACUGCCGAAUGCAUGGCCGCCUUCACAAGACGUCCACUGAUGAUAUUGACUUCGAGCGACAUCGGGACAUCUCCGACCGAAGUUGAAUUGAACUUGACGAAUCAUUUCAAGACGGCAAAGAGUUGGGGCGCAGUACUGCUCAUAGACGAAGCAGACGUCUUCAUGGAGCGUCGGUCUACGGCCGACCUGAAUCGCAACAGCCUAGUCGCCGGAUUCCUGAGAGCCCUGGAGUUUUACGAAGGAAUGCUAUUCUUGACGACUAACCGGGUGGGCUCGUUCGACGAUGCCUUCAUCUCGCGCGUCCACCUCAAACUGUAUUAUCCCAACUUCACACCUGAGCAACGGAAGCAGGUGUGGCAGACGUUCGUCGACAAGCUUAACCAGGAGCGAGGUGAUUAUAUUCGUCUACAUGGCAGUGCCGACGAAUAUCUCGAAAGCAAGGAGAUGCAAGCGCUGGCUUGGAACGGCAGAGAAAUCAGAAACGCAUUCCAAACAGCUGUGACCUUGGCCGAAUUCGACGAUGAGCGAGACAAGGAAGGUACAAUUUUGGUCAAGGGAAAGCAUCUGAAAGCUGUAGUAGAGCUAUCCCGUGAUUUUACUGAUUACAUGAAUGAGCUUCACUUGGGGAACGAAGAUAAGAGGGCCCAGCGGAAGUUCGAAAGGCUAGAUAGCUUCGGAAAAGCCAAAGAAGGGGACUGA